AUGGCUUUACAAAGAGUGGUGAUGAGCACGAAAUUGAACAUCUACAACAUGCAGUUCCUCCUUCUUGUUUUCUUGGUGUGGGACCCAGCCAGGUUGGUGCUGGCUAACAUCCAAGAAGAUGAGGCUAAAAAUAACAUUACCAUCUUUACAAGAAUUCUAGACAGACUUCUGGAUGGUUACGAUAAUCGACUUAGACCAGGACUGGGAGACAGCAUCACUGAAGUCUUCACAAACAUCUAUGUGACCAGUUUUGGCCCUGUCUCAGAUACAGAUAUGGAAUAUACAAUAGAUGUUUUCUUUCGACAAAAAUGGAAAGAUGAACGAUUAAAAUUUAAAGGUCCUAUGAACAUCCUUCGACUUAACAAUUUAAUGGCUAGCAAAAUCUGGACUCCAGACACCUUCUUUCACAAUGGGAAAAAAUCUGUGGCUCAUAAUAUGACAAUGCCGAAUAAGCUUCUUCGAAUCCAGGAUGAUGGUACUCUGCUGUACACAAUGAGGCUUACAGUUCAAGCUGAAUGUCCCAUGCACUUGGAGGAUUUUCCAAUGGAUGCUCAUUCAUGUCCUCUGAAAUUUGGCAGUUAUGCUUAUACGACCUCAGAGGUCACUUAUAUUUGGACUUACAAUGCAUCUGAUUCAGUACAGGUUGCUCCUGAUGGCUCCAGGUUAAAUCAAUAUGAUCUGCUGGGCCAGUCAAUUGGGAAGGAGACAAUUAAAUCCAGUACAGGUGAAUAUACCGUAAUGACAGCUCAUUUCCACUUGAAAAGAAAAAUUGGGUAUUUUGUGAUUCAGACAUAUCUGCCUUGCAUCAUGACUGUCAUUCUCUCCCAAGUGUCAUUCUGGCUUAACAGAGAGUCUGUGCCUGCAAGAACUGUGUUUGGAGUCACAACUGUUCUAACAAUGACAACUCUAAGCAUCAGUGCUCGGAAUUCUCUCCCCAAAGUGGCUUACGCGACUGCCAUGGACUGGUUUAUUGCUGUGUGUUAUGCAUUUGUGUUCUCUGCCCUAAUUGAAUUUGCCACUGUUAAUUACUUCACCAAGAGAGGAUGGGCUUGGGAUGGGAAGAGUGUAGUAAAUGACAAGUCCCCUUCAAUAAAAGCUGAAGGCAUUACAUUAACAUACAACUCAGUGAAGGCAAUUCGUCAAGGAGCUAAGCUAAUAUGGUUCAAGUGUAUAGCUUUCUCAUGGCCCAAUUUAAUCCAAGAAAAGACUUUAGAGUACUUAGAGAAGUGGAUGGACUGUGUAACCUUCAAACAAUCUUCUAAAAAAGAAAAAACUUCUGUCAUGAUACAGAACAAUGCGUAUGCAGUGGCUGUUGCCAAUUAUGCCCCGAAUCUUUCAAAAGACCCAGUUCUCUCUACCAUCUCCAAGAGUGCAACCACACCAGAACCCAACAAGAAGCCAGAAAACAAGCCAACGGAAGCCAAGAAAACCUUCAACAGUGUUAGCAAAAUUGACAGAAUGUCUAGAAUAGUUUUCCCAGUUUUGUUUGGUACAUUUAAUUUAGUUUACUGGGCUACAUAUUUAAACAGAGAACCUGUCUUAGGGGUCAGUCCUUGAAUCUAGACACAGCUUAUCUUUGGGAUGUAUAGCAACAUUAAACUUGGUUUGUUUUGCUAUGUACAGUCUGACUAAUAACUGCUAAUUUGUGAACCAACAUGUACAGUAUGUAUAUAGCGAUAUAGUUACCGGUAGACCUCUAAUGGAGACACGCAUUUGCUGACUCUUGAAACUGCAGGCAAGAAAGCACCCCAUGCCCAAAAAACCAUUGCCUUUUUUAAAGAUUUACCCUAGGAACUGGUUUAAAGUGGAGUUCAGAUGACCUGAUUUAUUUCCUUUACCACACUUUAUAGACCCUUUUGAUUUAGGUCUUACAUAGGAAUAUUUUCUACUGUUGCCUAACUGUAAUGUAAGAUAACAUUGUCAUCCCAAGAUGAAUUCUUCUAAGUAACAGAACGUCUUAUCUGUGACAUCAGUUCCCUUCCUGAGUGCUCAGAAUCCCUGCUAGUGUAAUUGGAAGCUUAGCACACAUCAGAAGAUUUGAAAUCAGCUUUUAAUUACUCUGUAUAGUAUCUAUAGCCGUGUACAUAUUACAGCAUGAGCAGCUCAAAUAAUUCAAGUCACCCCUGACAGGAUGUUAAUGACACCUAGAAUUUAAUAACUAUCAGAAUGUCGUGGUCAUUACAUUUUUAGUGUCAGUUUAUUUGAACAUAAUAAUUGAAAUCCUACAGAUUGUUUUAAUCAUUGGAAACUACCUUAAAUUGAAAAAAAAGACAAUAAAUGUAUCUUACUCUUUCUAGGUAUGUUGCAUUGAAAUUGAUCAGCUAAAUUUUCUUGGUGCUGGAGACUGGAAAAGCAUCCAGUUUGGCUGCUAUGGAGCAACAUUCAUAUUGGAUUAGAAAAUUGUGCCAAAAACUCCCACCAAUGAGAAUUCAUAGGUGUCACAGAAUACGGAUGAGCACUUAUACGAUUCUCUUCUUUCCUGUUUACUGCAAAUUCUGCCUUAAGGCUUCUUUUCAUCAGGACUCAGAAGCCACUAAUUAAAAAGGAAAGGGCAGUUAAUUGGCACAUUUUUCUGUCUUGAAAGCAGCCCUUUCAGAGAAGAAUUAAUGUAAAUCUGCUUUUGUAAAUUGCAACUUUAAAUUUCACUGACUCAAAUUUACAGCAGCUUUGUUAUACCAGAAGAGGUUUUGGUAAGAGUUGAACAUUUUUAAACUGAAGCUUUAAAGCAUCACCAACAGAUUGUGGAUUAGUUCACAUGCACAGACAUAAACACACACACACACACACACACACACACACGCACACACAAUUAGCUAAAUUAGAACACACAAACACAUAGCUAAAUUAGAAACUGCUGUUUUCAAUUUUAUAUAAUUACUAAUUAUU